AUGCCUUUUAUAAAGCAUGAAACCGAUAAAGUUAUUGCAAGAAUUAUAAGAAAUAUUAAGAGCCAUCUUAUAAACUCUAAAUUCAAAACAGAUUAUGACAUCCUUGUGAGUGAUGGGGCUCCUGGAAUAGGUAAAACUCGGUAUAGAGAUGAACUAUUCAAACACCUGAAAAAUAAUCAGGAUUGGAUUUCUCCUGAGUGGAAAAAUAAUCAUAUUGAAGGUCUUUAUAUAGACUUCAUACCACAUGUUGUUAUCUCUACAAAAGAAUCAUCAAAGGUUUCAUUUAGAUUCGUCAAAUGCUCACAAUUGUCGCUUAAAGCAAUGAUUGAAAUUACAGAUCAUUAUGCACAAAAGUUUAAUGCAGAAAAAUUUGACCAGAGUGAGUACAGAUGGAAGUUUUGUCAACCAUUUAUCCAACUUUUGGAAGACACCAGAGGAUUGUCUCGUGCACUUCAAUACGUCUUUCAUGAAUGUCUAGGAACUGGGUGCAAUGGAAAGGAAUUCUUUAAAACAAUUGAUAAACAGAACUUUGAUAACAUCUUUCAUAAUGUCAAAGCCUAUUUCCAAGAACACUACAACAUACAUGAAUUCAUUCAGAAUAAUAAAAAACUUGCUUUAGAGCUUCUUUAUCACGGUAUUGAUAGAAUUCCUGUUAGCGUUGAGGAAUACUUGAAUGAAACAAUUUAUUAUGCAUUUCGUACAAAUCUGCUGAUAAAAUGUGAAAAGGAAUCAGCGCGUUUAAAUGAGUUAUAUAGUGGUGCCUAUGGGACUCAAUCAACAUUGAAUAUUGAGGUGGAAUUGAAGGAACUUUCUGUUUGCUGUGCAAGACAACAAUUCCCAUGUGUAGAACUAACAGAUAAAAAAUCAAAUUCUAUUGAUUGGGCGAAGGGUGAGAAUGUGAUUAUCAAUGGUACAUCUGCUAAAUGGACAGAUGCAUUCAUCGUCAAGGAAAAAGUAAAUUCUCAUAAUGAACACGAAAAGAAUCUCUUAGAUUCAACUUCUGCACCAAAAAAGGUUCAGGAUAUUCUUUCCAAAUGCCAACACAUAAUAAUUGCUUUUAUUAUACAACCAUUAGAAAACAAAAUUUCAAACCCUGAUUGCUUCAUUAUUAUGAAAGGCAACUUCAAGGAAAAUUUUGGUCCUAUAUUUGCAUCACGUGCUACGUUUUAUAUGACAAGGGAUAUUAAUCCUAAUUUUUCAGACUUUUCAUGUAUGAUAAAUCAAAUUCCUGGAGUUGGUAGAGUUACUGCUAAUGAAAUUAUUAAAAGUUGA